AUGUCUUCCUGUUUCUCGGGUCACCCGGAACGUUGGCACUUCCACGAUCCAAGGUCACAUAUUUCAGGCAGAGUGAACAGGCUCGGCCAAGUUGCCGUUCGUUUUCAUCAAACUCCGAAACGUCUUGAGCGCUGGUUCAAAAAUCAACAACGCAACCCAGUGAGCAAGAAACACGCAACCAAUACACCACAACCCUACAUUCCCCACAGCCAACAAGCGGAUCUUCCCUCGCCAAGACUAAACAUUGCGAUUCACAUUUGCGGUUCUAGAGGGGAUGUGCAACCUUUUAUUCCAAUCGCCAAACUACUUCAAGCACCCCCAUAUUGUCACCGGGUACGAAUAUGCACGCACCCAGCCUUCAAAGAUUUCGUGGAAAGCAAUGGCCUCGAGUUCUUUUCUAUUGGGGGUGAUCCAGAAGCUCUCAUGGCGUACAUGGUGAAGAACCCGGGCUUACUUCCAGGUAUGGAAAGCAUUAGGGCUGGCGAAGUGAGCAAGAGGCGGAAGGAGAUGGCAAUGAUACUCGAAGGCACAUGGCGUAGCUGCAUCGAAGCUGGAGACGGACUAGGACCUAAGGUCACUGCAGUGGAUGUGGAACAGACAGAGAGCUUAUUUAUUGCGGAUGUCAUCAUUGCCAACCCACCGUCCAUGGGCCAUAUCCACUGCGCAGAGAGGCUAGGGAUACCUCUACAUAUUGUUUUCACCAUGCCAUGGUCACCAACAAAAGCUUUCCACCAUCCACUAGCCGCGAUGGAAUACGGUGAGGCAGAUGAGUCUUCAGCAAACUACGUCAGUUUCGCUAUCAUGGAAUUGAUGACCUGGCAAGGACUAGGGGAUCUCAUCAAUAGAUUCAGAACACAUACCUUGAAACUCGAUAUCAUAAGCCCUCUUUGGGGAUUCCAGCUGCUUCGAAGGCUAAAAAUCCCCCAUUCCUAUCUCUGGUCACAAGCCCUGAUUCCUAAGCCAUCGGAUUGGCCUGAGCAUCUCAAUGUGACAGGGUUCUCAUUUCUGAAAGCUGGCUCAUCUUACUCACCACCAGACGAUCUAACUGCAUUCCUCGAAAAAGGCCCUACGCCAGUCUACAUUGGCUUUGGAUCUAUCGUUGUAGAUGACCCUUUACACCUGACAAAUCUCAUAUUCGAAGCUAUCAAGCUAGCUGGAGUGCGUGCCAUUAUCUCGAAGGGGUGGGGAGGUAUAGGCGCAGACAAGGCGCCUGAGAAUGUCUACAUGAUUGGCAAUUGCCCUCACGACUGGCUUUUCCAACACGUCUCCUGCGUGGUUCAUCAUGGAGGCGCCGGCACAACGGCAGCGGGCAUAGCACUUGGAAAACCCACUGUUAUAGUACCGUUCUUUGGAGACCAGCCAUUCUGGGGGAAAAUGGUUGCCAAAGCAGGCGCAGGUCCGAAACCUAUUCCCUAUAGACAACUCACGCCGGAAGGCUUGGCCGAGAGUAUCAAGUUUGCAUUGAGACCCGAAGUCGAUAUUGCUGUCAAGAAGAUGGCGGCUUGUAUUGCAGAGGAAGACGGAGCUUCAGAAACGGUCCAGGAUUUCGAGAGCGCACUAAGGGUAGAUGAGAUGAGGUGCCAUGUCUGUCCGGAACGGCUAGCAGUAUGGAGGGAUAAGAAAUCGGGGGCAUAUCUUAGCGGACUCGCUGCAUGUGUCCUUGCAAAGCAUAAACUGAUAGAUCCAAAUGAUCUACGACUGCUCCGCCAUAGACAGUGGUAUAUCCACGAAGGAGCAGAAGCACCAUUGAUUGGCGCCGUAGCUGCAGCUUCCAGCUUCUUUACCAACCUUGCAAUCAACACGUCAGACUUUUCCCACCGUCUGAAAAAACCAAAGUUACAGGGUAUCGAUUCCACAGGGACGACAAAUACUCAGAAAAACUGGGGACUAGACGAGGGGCACAAAGACCAAGCCAUAAGUCCCAUUUGGUUAGCUCACAUGGCCAGUAUGAUGGCAACCAAAUCCCUGAAAGAUAACUGGCAAGAUGACUUUGACAAAAUGCCAGACGCACAAGAAAUAGCAAAAAUCCACGCUCUCCUAGCUGCCCAAGAAGCCGAGCAUGGACGCGCCUACCAAAUAACCAGCGCAACUCUCCACUACGCAGGAGACGUAACCAAGACGUACCUAAAAGCCCCCGUGGCUCUCUUCUACAACGUAGCCAACGGCUUCCGCAACUACCCCUCACACUCCAUAGCCAACGAGCGGCACCGACGCCGCGACGAAAUCGUCGGUCUAAGCAGCGGUCUAGCCGUUGCAGGCAAAGAAUUCCGAUUAGGUCUCUACGACGCAUUCACCGGCCUAGUAAAACACCCCUACCUCGGCACCAAACUCGAGGGUCCCCUGGGCUUGCCCAAAGGAAUCGGUAGGGGAAUCGGAGGUUUCGCAUGCCACGCUUCAGCCGCUAUUUGGGGCUUACCCGGCUACACCCUCAAAGGAAUUGAAUGCGCACUAUCCAAACACAGAGUCACCCCGCUUCAGACGGAGUUAUAUCUUAUUCGGCUAAGGCAGGGUGCGCGGGAUUUGGAGCUGGCGUCGGAUGAGGAGCGGGGGAAUGUGGUGGCGAGGUGGAAGGGUAUGCAGCGCCGGGCAUCGAGUGGUUUGGUGUGA